AUGUAUGCUCCUAACUCAAUUCAUGGAAAACUCGGUAGAAGAAAUGAAGAAGGCAGCAUAGGAGCUCUUUUAAGCGAAGUCAACGAUACAAUUGAAAAGCUAAACAGCUGAAAAGAAGAAGAAAAACGAUUAGAUGAAGAAUUCAAUAAAAAGCUUCUGGUUCAUAACAACCCAAGCCAAGAAAUCGCAGAUGAAGAAGAAAAAGAAGAGCACGUUGAUUUAAAAGAAAUAAAUAUUGACAAUAUUAGGCACAGGCAGAUUGAAAUGGUUAAAGUAACAGAUGUCAGUGUCCCAGGAAAAAAUAAGAACGAUUUCUCUUAUAAUAUUGAUGGAUCAAGCCUUUAUGAGGUCGGGACAAAGCUGAAUGAAAUGCUAUCAGAAUGAAAAGACAGUGUGGAUAUUAUUGAUAAUAAUAAGAAUAAAGCAGAGAAAGGAGAAGAAUGAGAAAAAAUUGAGGAUAUUGAGAAAGAGUUAGCUGAGCUAGAAAGUAUGCUGGAUUCAGUAGGAUCUGGAGAUAAUAUAGAAGACUCUUAA